CGGCCACUGCACACGGCUUUUCUGCCCAUUCUUCAUGACUGAUAUCGCCUCAGAUCUGCUUCGUGCCCUGAAGAUGAGAAAACGCACUGUUUAUGCAUGGCUAGUAGCAGUUUUUUGCUUCAUAGUACUCAUGAUCGUCACCCCCGCCAUUCCCCAGUCCCAAGAAUACCAUAAUUUCGCCGACCAGCGCAACUUCUUCGGUAUUCCUAAUGCACUUAAUGUGAUAUCGAAUUUCCCUUUUCUGAUUAUUGGUCUUGUUGGACUUAUACUUUGUCAUCAUGGAAAUUACUUUAGGCUCAGUUUGCAGGGUGAACUAUGGGGUUGGACAUGCUUCUAUGCUGGUGUGGCUGCAGUUGCAGUUGGAUCUUCAUACUAUCAUCUCAAGCCAGAUGAUGCUCGUCUUGUGUGGGAUCGAUUGCCCAUGACCGUUGCUUUUACAUCAAUCAUAGCAAUAUUCAUCAUUGAGCGGAUUGAUGAGAAGAAGGGAAUGAUUUCAAUUAUACCUCUAAUUUUGGCGGGUAUAAUAAGCAUUGCGUAUUGGAGGUUUUCUGAUGACCUCCGUCCGUAUGCUCUGGUCCAAUUUGUACCAUGCAUUGCCAUUCCUCUCAUGGCUAUUUUGUUGCCUCCAAUGUACACACAUUCAACAUAUUGGCUCUGGGCUGCAGGAUCUUAUCUUCUAGCUAAGGUGCUAGAGGCUACUGAUAAGGUGAUCUAUGAAUGGACUUAUCAUGUUGUCAGUGGUCACACACUGAAGCAUUUGUGUGCAGCGAUGGUUCCUGUAUUCUUAACAUUCAUGCUUGCUAAGAGGAGUGUUGAAGCUGAGAGGCAAAGUUUGCUUAAAACAUGGCAGGUUUCCUGGACAAAGUUCAGACAGGGCAACACUAAUGUUGAGAGCUACACUUACUCUUACUCAAAUGUGUCGGCUGUGGAGCCGCAAUAAUGCAUCUACUUUGCCAUAGAACAAAAAAUAAAGGCUUAUACUGGAUUACAGGAUAUUGUUGCUCUUGAUUGUGGACCAGGUAAAACAAGCCAUCCAAAGUUAACUUUCAUACAAUAACAUUAACUGUAAUUAACUUAUAGUUUGUAUAUAGUUCCUGAUAUUUUAUCACACACUAAGGACCAUUUUGGUCUGAAUGUGAAGUGUUGUCUAUUUUUUGUUCCGUAAUGGUAUUAAUUUGUACACUUUCUU